UGUAUAGAAAAGUGUAGAUGAGAAUGGAAAGGAAAGAAAAAAGUAACCCAUUCGAUACUGUUGGUGUUUUCUCUCGUAUAUUUUUCUGUUGGGUUUUCCCAAUAAUAAACGAGGGAAGAAAGCGAGUUUUAAAGGAAGAAGAUUUAUACAAAUGUUCAAAAUAUCAUACUUCGGAGUAUCUUGGCGAUCUGCUACAGAAAUGACAGCGUUAGCUGCAGGCCAUGCAUACUUCGUAGGAUUAAUAAUAAAUUAUUUUGAAAACAGAGAGGAACGGAAUCAAUACAAGUUGUAUGCUACAUUUGCGGGAUUUUUUAUUCUACUUGCGAUUUAUUUCUGUAUAUAUAAUAUUAGUGCGUUUAUAACUGAAUUAUAUGGAAUGAAGUUAAAGAUAGCUUUCUGCACUCUUAUAUAUAGAAAGGCAAUUAAGUUAAGUCCUUCAUCUAUGGAAAGGUCGAAUGUUGGACAAAUGGUAAAUCUUCUAGCAAACGACGUCGGAAAAUUCCUAAAUAAAGUUAUCUCCGUAUCACUUUUAUUUACAUCGCCGUUUUUUAUCAUUACUUCGAUAGUCAUGUUGUGGAAAUAUUAUGGAUGGACUAUUCUAAUUGGAUACUUAGUCAUAUUUCUCUAUCUUCCUAUACAAAUUGCUUUGAGUAAACUAUAUUCAAAAUUGAGAUUACAAGCAGCUGUAUUGGGGGACAAAAGAUUGAAUCUGUUGAACGAAAUGAUUGCUGAUAUGAGGUUAAUCAAGAUGUACACCUGGGAAUUGUCAUACGCCGCAUUAAUAGAAAAAAUCAGAGUGAAAGAAAUGAAAAAAAUUCGACAGUUUUUAUAUGCGAGCGGAAUAUCGUAUAUAUUGGCGUAUCCUAUAUCGAAAUUAUUCAUUCUCCUCGCAUAUCUCGCAUUCUUUUUAAAUGGAGGACAGUUAAAUGCCGAAAUUAUAUUCGUCACAAUGACUUUUUCAGUGUAUGUCUUCAGCAAUAUUGUCAAUCUGUUUUCUCAAGCAGUGGGUUUUGUUGCAGAAAUUUUAGUUUCGUUAAAAAGGAUACAGGAUUUUCUCCUCCUUCAAGAAAGAGAGAGCGAUGCAGUCAAAACUAUAAGAGAAAGAGAAAAUUCAACCGAAUACGAGAUACGAAUGCAUAGUGUCACAGCUGCGUGGAAAAACGAAUUUGAACCAACAUUAAAUGGGAUAUCACUAAACAUGCAGCUGAGAGAAUUAUUAAUUGUUAUAGGUCCUGUUGGAUCAGGGAAGACGUCUUUAUUAAUGUCUGUGUUGGGAGAGAUUCCAAUUACUUCCGGUAAAGUGUCCGUGAAAGGAAAGAUUUCGUACGCUUCUCAAGAAGCUUGGGUGUUUAACGCAACUAUCAGAGAAAAUAUCUUGUUUGGAGAAGAAUAUCAAGAAGACAAAUACAGAAAAGUCUUGCAUAUAACGGCUCUGGAAAAGGAUAUUAGCUUAUUUCCUAAAGGAGAUCUGACAAUUGUAGGAGAAAAAGGAGUUAUAAUGAGCGGUGGGCAGAAGGCAAGAAUUAAUCUAGCAAGAGCGCUAUAUGUGGAUGCUGAUAUUUUCCUCCUGGAUGAUCCACUGAGUGCUGUUGAUGUUCCAGUGGCAAAACAUAUCUUCGAAAAGUGUAUAAUGGAAUACUUGAAAGACAAGAUAUGCAUUCUAGUUACGCACCAAAUACAAUUUUUAAACUCUGCGUGUAAAAUUUUAGCGUUAAAGAAGGGGAAACGUGACUUUAUUGGAAAUUUUAAACAAUUGGAAAAUUUAGAAACGCUUACAGGAAUAUUACCACAAGAAGAAGUCUCUGGGAAGAGCAUUGAUUUAGAGAGUGCGGUUUUUAAUGAUGAUGAGGAUAGAAUGGGAAGUUUUCAAUGUGAUAUGAAUGAUGACAUUGAAGACAGAAACAAGUGUAAUGAGGAAGCCAAAAAUAACCGAACACCACGUGACAAAGAAGGAGUCAAGAAACCAGGAAUUUCAGUUUAUAAAUCAUACGUCAAUGCCGGAGCGGGACUUUUCUUCAAGAUUGUUAUUUUAUCCACGCUAAUUAUAGCGCAAUCCCUUACAUGUGCCAGCGACUAUUGGCUAAUCAAAUGGUUGCGAGAUAUAAGAAUCUAUAGCCACAGCAUAGAGAAUUUCGAAAAUAUUACAUCUAACACAAGUAUUUUUCACAACAUUGAGGACAAAACUUUUUAUCACAGUGAAGAAUUCAACAUGUAUGUUUACAUUGGAUUGACAUGUGCCGUAUUUCUAACGACUUUAGCUUCUGGAUUAUUGGUAUACAGAUUUUUUACAAUUGCUUCUUUCAAGCUGCACAACAAUAUGUUUCGUUGUAUCAUUCGAACUCCGAUAUCAUUUUUGGAUAACAAUCCUGUUGGAAAAAUCUUAAUUCGGUUUUCUAAAGAUGUUAAAUCUAUGGAUGAUUUGUUACCUUUCUAUACUUUCAUGGUGAUAAGAGGAUGGUUUAUUGUUGCCGGCAUGUGUGUUUUGCAAGCGAUACUCUGUCCCUAUCUAUUUAUAUUGAUUGCUGUUCUUUUAAUAAUAUUCUGUGCUCUGUGGACCAUCUUUACCCGAGUGUUGAAAAGCGUAAAACAUUUGGAAGGAAAAUUGAGAAGUCCAGUAUUUUCUCAUCUGAGUGUAUCUCUUCACGGACUGACGACAAUUAGAGCAUUUAACGCUGAAAGCAAAUUUAAAUCCAUGUUUAAUAAGUAUCAGGAUAAGCAUACUUCAACGUUGUUUAUUUACGUGUGUUUAGUUCGAUGGAUUGCCAUAUACGGUCACAUAAUUUCUUUUAUAAAUCUAAUUAUUACUGUUAUUAUUUUCGCUGUUUCAAAUAAUUCAGCUGAAGCAGGAAGCAAAAUUGGACUUAUACUGAAUUACGGAAUAAUAAUAAUUUCGUAUAUUCAAUUCCUUAUUGCAUUUACAUCUGAAAUGGAAUUUCAGGUAUUGCAUAUCUAAUCAAUCUGAUAAUUAUACCAAUUAUCAAACGAACUGCCAAUUGCUUUAUCG